ACGGCUAAAGCCCGAGCAACUUGGCUGCUGCUGAAGCACGGGCUAGUCAGCGGAAAGGCUACCUGGAUUUACAGCGCGCAGGCGGCAGUGUGGCGAUGCGGAAUUAGGUGGCCGUUUCUUUUCCCGGGCAAGCAGCGGAGAACGGGGAUUGCAAUUUAAGUGACACGACAUUUUGUUUAAAAAAAAAACAAAAAAAAAAAACAAUCUUUUCAUAAUUUCUUCUACAUAUUGCUCCGCUUUGCAUUAUUUAUUAUCAUCAGAUCUGUACAAACUACACGUUUUCCCCGGAGCGCGCGCCGGUCACGGAUCUGAAGAGUUGUUGACGUUGUUGUUGUUGUUUUUGUUGUUGUUGUUUCCACUGAUUUUUUAAUUUUUUUUUUUUUGAAAAGUGGGUGCUAUUUCGGUUAUCACGGGAUCAAAUUGUGUUUCCUGAGAGAAUCAAAAAUGGACGUGUUGGCGAAUUACAGUAUCUUUCAGGAACUUCAGCUUGUCCACGACACAGGCUACUUCUCGGCGAUGCCGUCGCUGGAGGAGAACUGGCAGCAGACAUGUCUGGAGCUGGAGCGGUAUCUACAGACAGAGCCCAAGCGACUGUCCGACCUCUUUGACGAGGAUCUGGACUGCCUGCUGACGCCAGGUUUCAUGAAGGGGGACAGCGACGAGGACCUAAUGGAUCCACUGCUUCCCAGCCUGUCAGACCAACCCAGUCCACCGCCGCUGCUCGUGUCUCUGCCCAAAAACCUCCACACUCCCGCCAGUGGUAAGACCAUAGAGGCAGGAGUAAAAGAGGGUAAUGGGGGCGUCCACCCAGCACAACUGAGUGCCGUCACCUCACUAACGCCACCCUCCUCACCAGAACUGGGCCGGCACCUGGUCAAGCCAACGCAGACCCUUACCGCCACACCUGACGGCACACUCACGCUCAAGUUGGUGGCAAAGAAAGUGGGGUUGGCCACUGCUAAAUUGGUGGCGACACAGUCAUUGCCUUCCCCACCGGCCCGGGGAGCACAGAGCGACGGAGAAGGAGGCUUGGGAUCAGCAGGAAUUGGUGACAUCCCAGAGAACAAGAAGAGGGUCCAUCGCUGCCAGUUCAAUGGCUGCAGGAAGGUUUACACAAAGAGUUCCCACUUGAAGGCACACCAGAGGACACACACAGGUGAGAAGCCGUACAAAUGCUCCUGGGAAGGCUGUGAGUGGCGCUUUGCCCGCAGCGACGAGCUGACUAGGCACUACCGCAAGCACACCGGCGCCAAGCCCUUCAAGUGUAACCACUGCGACAGGUGUUUCUCCAGGUCUGACCAUUUGGCUCUGCACAUGAAGAGGCACAUCUGAGGAGAGAAGGGAAACGAGAGUGAAGGAGAGGGGGAGAGAGAGAGAGAGAGAGAGAAGGGGGAGAGGAAAAGAAUGUCUAAGGAGAAGAAGUGUUGUGCCCCGUCCAGAGAUGAAGACUCCUGUGGAGACCUCAAAAACCCAAGCCUGAAGGAAACGGAGGCUAAUACAAAGAAUACACGAGGCAACGAGAUCGGGAGAGCAGAGCUUGCUGGAUUCUUCACUUCUUGACAGUUUUCAAAAAAUAUAUAUAAUCACGCCAUUUUCUCAUUUUUUUAAAAAAAAUCAGUUACUUAGCUCAAGUUACUAGCUUGGGAAUCAGACACUGCCAAACGAUAGCUGUUUUUCCGCACUAUUGCUCUUCUUUGUACAGUAAAUCAUAAGUAUGGGACAGAAGACCUGUGAACACUGCAUUGCUCACAAAACACAUCACAUUUAAUCAGAAAACAACACUUCAGCUCUAGAAAUGUACUUGUGCUCUCAGUUACACAGACAACACCUUCUGAAAAAAAAUUACUUCCUAUUUCUUCCGUCUACACCAAGGACUCAUAAUAAAAACCGAACUGCGGUUCACGCCAUGUACAGCAAGCUGCCACUUUGGAGGACGACGUUGCCAAACAUUCUGGACAGUGACCAAUGGAGCUAGUGGCCAAAAGCAAGUCCCUGGAAGGAGCCCCUGCGCUGACCUCCUCUGCUCUUCGCUUCAGAGCGUGCUCCUCUCUUCACGCCUGUCACCUCACAGGCAUCUGAAACAAUGCGCAGCGACACUUUCUUGCCUUUGUUUUUUUUUUUUAAAGACAGUGUUACAAAACAGAAGAUUGUUUCUGAACUGAGAUGUCUUAAAACUCAAAAAAAAAAAAAAAAAAAAAAAAAAGAACUUUUGUUUUUUGUGUACAUGAGCGUGAAUGUGCACAUAUGGGCACAGGGCUGGGAGGGUGGGGGGGAGUUUGAACACAACAAGUAUGUGUGAAAGGUUCAGUUCAGUGGUGCCUAUCUUAGCACUGACAGCAAGGAGUUUGAAGAAUGCAAGGAAGAAUAUACGAAGCCCGAAAGGAUUUGGGCCGCUGACUCAUAAAGCGGAGCCCUAUGGUUUUCAUUUCACUCCGUUCUGAUUUGAUGCAGACUGUUGCGCAAACCUGGCGUCAGCACGGACACUCGUGUGAUGCUCAUUAACACUGGAAACGUUCGCUGGCUUCAUGCUGAGACUGGAUCCCAUAUUGGAGCUCAAACCCUGUGCAGAGGAGAAGGGGCUGAUGGGAGGCCUUUCUCCAGCUGCAGCUCCUGGAGAGGACAGAGGAAAGCAGGCAGGUCAUGUGACUCUGACUAGAGACGCCUGCUGGCAUCAGGAUCCAAAAAAAUAAAACAUGAAAAGGAACCCAGUGGCAUCGCGCCAGACGAACUUUGCCUGCCUGUUUCGUAUCCAUUGUCUGCACUGACUUUUUUCAACGUUCUCUGUGCUUUUUUCAUACAGACAAAAAGGAAAAAAACGAAAAAAAAACAACAAAAAAACCUAUUAUGAGGAGAAAAAAAACCCCGAAAAAAUUAAUCUCUCACAUAGACACGCGCACGCAACAAAAACACACAGAAUGGUUUUAUUAGCUCAUGGCUCUUUUUCAGAGAUAAAGCUGAAAAUAAUCAAGGGAAAAAUAAUUAUCAUGUUAAUGAAUGAAUUAGAAACAAAACACUGCAUGGCAGCCUCUCUCAAACAUACACACUUACGCACACAGAUUGCUUCCCGGAUUUUUUUCUCUUUUUUUUUUUUUUUGUUCUAUUCCAAUAUCUUCAAAGUAGGGUUUUUAUCCAUUGUUGUUUUGGAGUAGGAUUUCUUUCUGCCUGAAGUCAAGCUUUGAAGUCAGAUGAUGAGAGCUCAUUCACAUGUUCUAGCUAUUAUGCUGAACUAGGCCUAGGAUGAGCUCUAGCAUAACAAUCAGCUUCUAAAUAAUUGUGAAUGAGGUUAUAAUCAUUGUUCCCAAGGUUGCAAAGUCUAGCAGGAUGUUGGCCCACUGAACCCUCUCCUUGCUUUAGUUGAUGAGGGUGAAGGGGGAGAAUCAAAGCCAUCAUUGUAACAUUGAGCUGUAACGUUAAGGUCAUCGGCCUUCAGGGGACCUUCACAACCAGACUGAUACCAAAAAAUGGCGCUCAUCUACUAAACUGCUCUCAAAACAAGGCCUGCUCUUUCUUCACUAAUACACACGAAAACAAACACACUCACUACUAUACAAACACAAGGACAUAACAGUCUGCUCAGUCCUGUAUUUCUGCUUGAAUUAUGCUUGAAUUAUUUUUUUCAUGCUCAAGGUUUUUGUUUUAUGCUCAAGGUUCUUGGUUUAAAUCCAUGGGUUAAGAUGCAAAGGAUGCCAAAAUCAAAGGAGGAUCAAGACUAUUUGACCUCUCCACCACUUUUUGUACAAUCAUUUUGGGCUUUUGUGUCACUUUCUUCUAGACACGGCAUCUAUACAGUGAUGCAAGCAAAGCAGGACACAUUCCACCACGAACGUUGGUAUAGAGUCAUAUUAGCAUUGUGAGUAACACUAGUUGUAGAUCAUCAAGGUUUCUGCUGUGCACUGCGUUGGUUGCAUCAGCCAGAAAACAAUGGGAUCAAAUUCAGAUCAUUCUGAUACACAUCUAAAAGAUAUGACCAACCCUCGUUUCAGUGUAGCCAUAGAAACCAGCAUGAUUUCAUCCAGCUUUUAAGAUGCUCACGUGACUCAAACUGAGGUUUCCUAUGUUACACUAUGAGAAACAGAAAACAACGUUAAAGUUCUUUCUGUCCAAGGAACUGCAAAGCAGCCUGGAAAAAAAAUACAUUUUAGUCACUUCCAUAUUCCAACCUGUAAAUUGCCAUUGUAAAUGCAAGACUACAACUGAAGAACUAUUUUUUUGCGUAGAAAUAUUAUAACGUUCCAGAACCUACCAAAUGAUUAUGAAAAUAAAGGCCCGUUCAUUAAAAUAGCAAUCAGCAUGCUCUAGACAUCGCCUGCGCUCUUUGAGUUUUGAUCACAGUUUCCCCAUCCCCUUUUCCUCUCUCCACACUCCAAACGACAGCAGUGAUCAAUGCACAAUCAACUACAGCAGGAACAUCAAAUGCACACUUUGCCCAAAGAUUUAUGCGUCUGCAAGCAAACUGCUGAGUGUUUAAAAAAAAAUGAGAAAGAGAGAAUGAGGAUUUUUAUUGUUUUUACUCUCAUUAUUACCACUUAUCAGAUGCUGUCCCCUAACCUCCACCCUAAAUCAGCUGAACCGCAUUAAACUUUUUUUUUUUUUUCCUGAGCAUCAGUGUGUGGCCAUUGUCAUGGUCUUGGGUAUGUGUGCUUGUAAUAUAGUCAUUUAGUGAUUUUUCUCUUUCUUUUUCUCUCCAAGUAGCAGUGCAGUAACAGCGAGAUAGUCGCAUUGGUUUUAGUACAUUACAUAUUAUACAGUGGAGUUUACUGUUUCUUAAGGAUGUCUAAGGUCAAAGGAGUCUUCGGGAACGUGAGAUAUGCCUGUUGUAAUAUAAUCCCAAACUUUAAAUGGAGCAAAAAUCUGGAAGGGGUGGAUUGCUUAAAUAUUUGUUAUUAUUGGCUAUAUUUAGAAAGCAACUGGUGGUUUCCUUUAGCUUCCAAAGCUUGAUUAUUUGGACUAAAAAUCUAAAAAAUAAAAAAUUUUGCUUAUAGAGUAUUUUGUUUUUAAAUAGUUUAAUUAUUAUCUAAGACAGGAGUUCUCAAACUUUUUACAGCCAGGGAAAAAGAUUUGACUAUUAAAGUAGUAGUACAGAUUUAAUUUAUGAGCUAUUCCAACAUUAGGCUGAUUAUUUAAAUGCGUACUAUUUAUUGGAGCCAAGGUCCAAGAUGAAAUUUAUAGACCUACUUGUUUUUUUGAGAUUUGGAUUAAACCCAUUUAAUUCAAGAGACCAGUCAAAUAACUACAAAAACUCAAUCAUAAAGACAAAUUUGAUAAUGGUGUGUUGUGAUUUCCACCAAUGUAACAAACUAAAAAUAAAUAAAUAAAUAAAUAAUCACAGACCCCCUGGCUAUUCUUCUCGGACGCCACUUUGAGAACCCCUGAUCUCAGGUACCUUCCAGUGAAAUAAAUGCCCUUCCGUUAUAUUUUGGCUUAAACAGGGUGUUUGUGUAACUAUAACACUGAAGCAGAGGGAUUUAAUGAACAGGCAGAUGGUUCCGCUUGACUCUAGCACCUCUUACAGAUUGUAGGUGUUGCAGUUCUUAGUUUAAAACAUAAGCAUUUCAAUACAAAAACAUGCGCACUUCAUGUGUACUCCUAGCGUAGUCUGUUAUUCGCACCACUGUCGAUUGUCCACAUAACAUGUUGUGAGAUUUCGAGAUGCACCUGUCACAGGAGCACAUGAGCCAUGACUCAAUAGUAAAAUCACACUGAAUGUGACAUUUUAGUCUCGUAGUCUACUUCGUGUCAGAUUGGAUCAGCUCUGGCAUGGUAGAAGGGUCAGUAGUCAGUACAGUAUGUGUCAUCAAACCAGAUCCAGUUUGAUACUUGUGGAUUAAUUCGUUCUGCUCAUGUCUUGUGAUGUUUAGUGCAUCUUGGAUUCUGUCUGCUGUGCUUGUCUAAACUCUGUGUCAGUAUAUACCGGAUUCACCAGUACUUUCCUUUCCUCUUGCUCUAUAUAUAUAUAUAUAUAUAUAUAUAUAUAUAUAUAUAUAUAUAUAUAUAUAUAUCUCCAUCUUCCCCUCACUCAUUCUGUCCCCUCUCGUUUGUCCCACCCUGCAUCAGCAGGACAGCCGCUAGCUGCUCCCAGAUCACAUCCCCGGUCCUCAAUCUGCUGCAUUCAGACCACUAUAUUUCUGCCCUUGCUUGUGUUUCCAGCAGCAAAAUCUGAACGUCGCAGGCAGUCAAUAACCAGGGAGCGAGCCACGCAACGACAGACCUCAGCUGAAACGCAGUCCCUCGAACAGGUGCUUUUCUUUUUCGGCCGCUUCCUCUGCCAUGGCCGGCCACGACAGCUUAGCGCAGGUUGUGUCAGAACAAAAGGGAGUACAGUAUAUGCCAUCACUCAUACACGUCCACAGUGGCACGACAAAACUCACACCACUUGUACAGCACGUUUCUCGCUAGAGCAGGGCCCCCACCCACCCCACCCCCCCGCCAUUUUCAUCAUCGUAACCAUUAUCCUCACCUGUCCACAGCGCACCCACUCUACCCAUCAACCCUUCAUUUCUGCUACCUUCGUGCUCACUUCCUCUCUGUUUUAUUUUUUUUAUUUGUUUGGGUUUUUUUUUCUAAUCGGUUCCUUCUGGGUUUUUUUUGUUCAUUUAUGUUUUUCGUUUUUCUCCUUUUUAUUUGCUGUACAAAGUGUUUAAAAUAUUAUUUGUAUGAUAUAAUGUUAGUAUGGUAAUGUUCUUUAUUAAGGAAGAAGAUGAAAUUUAUUUUUGUUACUGGUCUGUUUCAUAAUUCUUUUUUAAAUUGGUAUUGUAAGAUAUCUAUGCAAGAACUGUUCAGUGGAGCGUUUUUAUUUAAGAAUGUAAUAUGUGUAAUAAAUGGUAGAAUCUGA